UUUCCCCCCUCCCCUCUGUCUCCCAGAUUGAGCAAGACAGCAAGCUGCUUACUAUGCCCAGACCUCAGCCUCCACCUCAGAAAAUGUUGUUCUCAGAUGCCAGUACAUGGGAGAAAAUGUUUCAAGAACUGAUCCAGGAGGAGAAACCCAAGGCCAAGUGGACCUUGCAGUUGGAUAAGAACAUUCUACCCGAUGACUUGGCCCUGGGAUGGAGGCAGUACCAGCAAACAGGACUUGGCAGGUUCCAGUGUUCUAUAUGUAGCAGACAUUGGGUUUCUGCCCAAGUGAAGAUCCUGUGCCACCUGUACCGGGAGCCCGGGAAACUUCAAGGCCGGGUGCUCAUGAGGAUCUUCGCACAGAGGUGCCAGAAGUGUACUAGGUCUAAAUUUGAGAAUCCUGAGUUCUCCACUGAGAGCAUGCAAAGGAUUCUGGAGAACCUAGUCAGUUAUAUUCUGCGGAAAUACUACGGACAUGGCUUGAAGAAGACACCAUCAACCUUGAAUGAGAGGGUGCCUUUGGAUGGACCCCAUGACACAGCCAAUUGUGAGGCAUGCACCCUGGGCUACCAUGGAGGGUGUGCCUUUGCAUAUGAAGCAAAGCUGCCUAAAUCCCCAUCUUCCCCACCAACAAUCUACAGUUCUUCUCCACUGAAGAGCCACAGCACUUCCCCACCGAAGAGCUACAGUUCUUCCCCACCAAAGAGCCACAGCACUUCCCCACCGAAGAGCUACAGUUCUUCCCCACCAAAGAGCCACAGCACUUCCCCACCAAAGAGCUACAGUUCUUCCCCACCAAAGAGCCACAGCACUUCCCCACCGAAGAGCUACAGUUCUUCCCCACCAAAGAGCCACAGCACUUCCCCACCGAAGAGCUACAGUUCUUCCCCACCAAAGAGCCACAGCCCUUCACCUCAGACUUACAAUAUAUCUUUUGAGAAUAUGCAUUCUCAGGAACACAGAGAGUCCCAUAACCCAGGGCUGAUAGCAGCAUUCUCCCUUGCUGCACUUACCUUUAUUCGUCUAUUAUUGAAAUGGUAGGCUUAUCAUCUUGUUUUCAUUCCACAGUUAUCAAUAAAGUGGAUGUCAUUACAACAUAUCAGUGAACUGAUUUGAGAUCAAACAUGACCAAAUGUAUAGAAUAAACCUGGUUUCCUGGACAUGCUCUGAAAAUAGCUUAAAACAUGACAAACACAUAAUGGACUCCAAAACAAAUUCAUUUUAAAUCACUGAACAGUUUGUAUUUGCUUGCUCACUUUUUGUUAUUAAGCAAUUAAGAAAUCUUGACAAGAACUAAUAGUCAUGAGUAUUAUUGUAAAUUUAAUGUGACAGACUGAAUAAUGCUCCCCCCACCACCAUCAAAAUUGCUCUUACCCCAAUGUACUCACCAUAACCUUUAGAACGUAUGGCUAUACUACAUACAGUAUUUGGAAGAAUGGAUUUUACAGGUGUGAUUAAUUAAAAGAUCUUGAGAUAAACUGUC